AUGGCAGCGGAUCAGGUUUCUGACGUUGGAUUACAAGCCCUUAAAUCUACAGAUACUGGAUUACGCCUUGAAAGUGUCAAGGUCGGCGACUCAGACGCACAUGUGCUGUGCGACACCUCCACCGGCCAACCUCGUCCUUUGGUCCCUACAAGCUGGAGACGAGCUGUUUUCAAGGCGGUGCACAACCUUUCCCACCCCGGCAGGAAGCCAUCCGUAAGAUUAGUCUCUCAGAAGUUCGUGUGGCAAGGUCUUAAGAAAGAUGUGAAACAGUGGGUUGACGAGUGUGUGGCCUGUCAACGCGUCAAAGUGCACCAGCACACUAAAGCCCCUUUCGAGCCUUUCACGGUUCCCGAGCGGAGAUUUGACCACGUUAACGUCAACCUUGUGGGACCACUGCCCUCUUCUCAAGGUUUCACCUACCUCCUCACGAUGGUGGACAGGACGACCCGUUGGCCCGAGGCCGUUCCCCUCUCCUCGACGUCAGCUUCCGACGUGAGCCGCGCUUUCAUCGGCACGUGGGUCGCGAGGUUCGGAACCCCGUCUGACCUCUCCUCCGAUCGUGGCUCGUAGUUCACCUCAGAGCUUUGGACCGCGGUUGCGGAGGGUCUGGGAGUUAAACUGCAUCGCACCACCGCCUACCACCCCCAAGCUAAUGGCUUGUGUGAAAGAUUCCAUCGCUCCAUGAAGGCAGCUCUGCGGGCUGGCUUAACGGACGGCAACUGGGUGGAUAAGCUCCCGUGGGUCAUGCUAGGCCUCAGGAGCACCCCUAAAGAGGACCUACAAGCCUCGUCAGCCGAGCUUGUCUACGGGCAGACUCUGCAGGUCCCCGGGGAUUUCAUUCCGGAGACCACUGUCCCCUGGUCAGCGGCCAGGCAACGCUCCUCUCUGUCGAUACUGCUAAGGGGUUCGCACCCGUUCCCACGUCGCAACACGGCACCCCUAACAUUCCAGGUGCCCCGCGACCUACGCUCCGCGGAGUUCGUUUUCGUGCGUCAUGAUGCACACCGUGGACCAUUAUGCCCUCCGUAUGACGGACCGUUCAGAGUUCUGCAGCACGAAGAAAAGAGCUUGGUAGUGGACUUGGAUGGUAGGGCGGACACUAUCUCCAUCGAUAGGGUCAAACCCGCCCACAUGGACGUUUCCCGGCCGUUGGAGUUGGGCCGAGCCCCACGCCGAGGCCGCCCUCCUGUGGUUGCGACCCCGGACACGCCCUCGUCUCCGGAUCCAGGGGACGGCACAGCCUUACCUGCUGCGCUUCCCUCCGCACAUCCUGUCACACACCCGGCGUGGUCGGCUCAUAGUUCCUCCCCGACGAGGGGAUUUUGA